CAAAGAAGAAGCAGCAGCUAGCAGGAAGCCGUUACUAGCCGCGGACAUUAGCGUUUAUUCGGGUGUUUGUGUUGGCGCACAGGGAGCAGGUGAUACACGAUACUGCGGUUUAUCGGUUAUGUGUGAGAGUUUAACAAGAAACACCGCGAUAAAAACACAAUGAAAGGCGGACCGAAGAAGGGAAUGUUUACACAAAGUUCUCCUCACGCCGAGGAGGAGGAAGAGCUGAAGAAGGAGGAGGAAGAGCUGAAGGAGGAGGAGGAAGAGAAAAGCGUCUCCGGAGAUCCGUUUGUUGUGGUGAAGCUGGAGGAUGAACGAGACGGUCAGGAAGCGGUGAGGAGCGAGCGGUCAUCAGAGGGCGGGUCAGCGCUGGACAUCAGUCUGUUCGCCCCGCUAGACUCGUCAGAGGACGGGGAGGAGGAGGAGGAGAGACCGCUGUCACACACACACCCGGCCUGCUGGUCCUGUGCUCCGGAUCAGGACGAGCACGUCGUUUCUCCUCAGAAACGACGGAGAGGACGCCGGAAACGGGCGAAACAAACUCGACCGAGACGCCACGGAGAUCCUGCAGCUCAGUCUGGGAUGAGAACGACGGAGGAAACGGACGACACGGACGAGCUUCCUGACCACGCCCCUCCUCAGAAAUGUGCCAAGUCCACGCUCUGGGACGUCCCGUCUCGCAGGACGGCUCGCUCCGGCGUCUGGAAAUACUUUGAGUAUUUUAUAAACCCAGAAGGCGAGCUGGAGGAUUACGGCUUCCCGACGUGUAAACUGUGCCAGCUGAAGGUGGCGUGUAAAAGAGGGAACACGUCCAACAUGCUGCGGCAUCUGCAGGAACAUCACGCCUUCGCCUACCGAGAAGCCAAGAGAGCAGACAGCCUGUGGCUCGACUCGGACUCGUCCGAUUCGGACAUGAAGGUGGAGUCGGAUGAGCGGAACGUGACGGCCGAGUGGUUCGGUGUGGCGAGACGGAGCGAAGAGGAAAGCGAGGAUGAUGACGAUGCAGACUACUCCGAGCACAGAGUCCCGUCCGCCCCGAGGAGGAAGAGGCAGGUCCGGUCAGCCGUGUGGAAGUACUUCCGUUACGAUGAGGACAGAAGGCCGAGCUGUAAGAUCUGCGGCUGGAAGCUCACUGAGGGAUCUUCAGGCAGCACCAGCAACAUGAGGCAUCAUCUGCAGAGUCAGCAUCAGAUCGUGUGUCCGCUCACUAAGUCUACAGGUCUCAUAACGCUACCCGAAGGAGACGAGUCCCUUAAACUGCACCCCCCCACAACACCACGCAAAUCAGCGGUGUGGAAACUGUUCGGCUUCAUCAUGAACAGUGACGGCGUGUUGGAGGAGAACAGCUUCCCCAUCUGCAGGCUGUGCCAUCAAGUCGUGGCGUCCAAAGACGGGAACACGUCCAACAUGUACAGCCACCUGCAGCACCAUCACCAAGCCGUGUACGCAGAGCUGAAGCACACGAUGGUUCCUGCAGGAGCAGAGCAGAGACUGGACGUGUCUCCUGAAGCCACUGAGCUCCAUCCUCCUGGAAAACGCAGAAACUCUCCGGUUUGGAAAUAUUUUGGAUUCAGUAAAAGCCCAGAGGGCGAGUUAAAGGAGGACGGAUUCCCUCUGUGUAAAAUGUGCCACCGGAGAGUCGCGGCUAAAGACGGAACCACGUCCAACAUGCUGAACCACCUGCGGCGCCACCACCAGGCCGAGUACGAAGAAGUGAAGCUGGCAAACGAGACGCUGCCUCCGAGUCGUUCAGAUGAAUCGAAUGACCUUCCUGAGCUGUUUCCCCCCAGCAUCGUCCCUCUGUCCCCUGUCUGGGAUUACUUCGGCUACCCCAAAAACGCAGACGGCGCGAUCGAGGAGAACGAACGUCCCAAGUGUAAAGCGUGCCGACAGUCCAUCGUCUCCAAGCAGGGCAUUCUAUCCAACAUGCUGCGCCACCUCAAGUUCUACCACGACUCCUUAUUCCAGGAGCUGAAAUCCAGGACCGGAUGGCGCAGGUACAGGCCUUAUAAGGAGAGGAGCCAAGCCCCGCCCAUUCAGGCCAACCCCGAAGAGCUGUACCCACCCAAAAUGGCUCUGAAAUCGGGCGUCUGGAAACAUUUCGGAUACCUGAGGAACUCGAAGGGCGUGGUCGUGCCGGACGGCUUCCCCAUCUGUAAAGUGUGCCUGAGAAAAGUCAGCACCCCCCGAGGGUGUACCACCAACAUGAUGGUCCAUCUCCAGAGAUACCACACCACCGAGUUCAUGGAAAUGAGGCUGACCGGCGACGAUAACGAUGACCAAACGCACAGAGAGACCGGAGAUCCAGACCCUCUGUCAGACCUCUGCCCCCCGCGGGACGUCUUGGAGCCCGUGUGGGAGCAUUUCGGAUACCCGAAAGACGUAGACGGGGUCGUCCAGGUGGACGGGCAGCCGACGUGUAAACUCUGUGGUGUUAAAGUUUCCUGCCCCGGAGAGAGCACAAAAUUCCUCUACAGGCAUCUGUGGAAAAAACACAACGCCGUGUACCUCGACAUCAAGGUAGCCACCAGUUCCUUCAGAGGACAGGACGGACUGGUGGCCCCGGUCCUUUUCCCACCGACUCACAGGGUGAAGUCUGCAGUCUGGGAGCAUUUCGGCUACCUGAAGGACGCGGAGGGGACGGUGGUCUGCGACGGCUUCCCUGUAUGCAAAACCUGCUACUUAAACGUUUCGGCUAAAGGAGGAAACACCACCAAUAUGUUUAAACACCUCAAAGAUCAUCACAAGUCCAUUUACGAUGAAAUCAGGCCGGCCGGUCCUGAGGAGACGGUCCACGACCAGGCGUCGUCUGAGAUCCUCUGCGCUCCUGAUGGACAGAACUCCAAACUGUGGGAGCAUUUCGGAUACCUCAGGGACGCGGACGGGACCCUGGAUGAAGACGGAGCUCCGGCUUGUAAGAUCUGUGGCGUGAAAGUGACGUGGGACGGUGAGUCCACGUCCAACAUGAUGAGACACCUGCAGGAGAACCAUGAAGACGUGCACGCUGAACUGCAGGAAGCUCCCAGUAACCCGAGGACGGAAGACGCGCCCGAGCUGUCCGAGCUUCACCCCCCCUCUCAGAACGCCUAUCCUGUCUGGGAGCAUUUCGGGUUCCUGAAGGACGCAGAAGGUUCGGUGGUGUUUGACGGCUUCCCCAUCUGCAAAAUCUGUCGCCAGAGAGUGGAGUCCAAAGACGGAGACACGAGGAACAUGUUCCACCACUUAAAGGCGAAUCACCUGCACGUGUACCAGCAGAUCACGCCGGCGAUAGACAAACGUGUUUAUAAGGCGUUGGAGCUCGGUCCCCCUCACGGCCGGCAGGUGGACGUCAGACUGUGGGAUCAUUUCGGAUAUCCUAAAAACUCAGACGGCGACGUCGAAGACGACGGAGCUCCGGUGUGUAAAAUCUGCCUUCAGAAGCUCACAAUGUCCUCCAAAGGAGCAAACCUCACCACCAGCAUGCUGAGGCACCUGCGGAGGAACCACCUGUCUGUUUACGAGGAGGUUCAGGAGGCGAUCAGAGCCUGGAGACCGGAGUGUAAUAAUGAAAAGCUGGAGCUUUUCCCUCCCACACAGAACGUCACGUCCUCCGUGUGGGAGCAUUUUGGAUACCUAAAAGACGCCGAGGGGACGGUGGUGUGUGACGGCUUCCCCAUCUGUAAACUGUGCCACCAAAAAGUGCCUUCUAAAGGAGGAAACACCACCAACAUGUUCAAACACCUCAAAGACUGCCAUCGGAGCAUCUACAGUCAAAUCCGAUCUGCGGUGACUAACGAGGUGUUUGAGGACGUUUGCUCGGCCGCCGCCCUCCACCCCCCCAGCACCCCGUGUGACCCGACGAUCUGGGAACAUUUCGGAUAUCGCAAGAACUCCGACGGAGAGGUGGAAGAGGACGGAGCGCCGUUCUGUAAACUCUGUCUUCGAAAGUUAGUGUCCAGAGGAGAGACGACGAGAAACAUGAGGCAGCACCUUAAAGAGAACCACAACACCGUGUACACCGAACCUGAGGUAUCGUCACCAGCUGAAGUACUGAGCUCGUUGGUCUUGGAGCUGGACACGGGCACUUCGGACCUUCAUCCUCCGACCCGGAAAGUGAAAUCGGCCGUGUGGAAGUUUUUCGGUUACCCGAGAGACACGGCAGGGUUGGUCCUGAGCGACGGCUUCCCCAUCUGCAAACUCUGCCAGAAGAAAGUGUCUGCUAAAGGAGGGAACACCACCAACAUGUUCACACACCUCCGAGAUUAUCACCGCACGACGUAUAACGAGAUCAAGGCCACGUUUGACCCUGUGAGGCCCGAGAGCGAGCUGGAACCUGUGGAGCUUCACUUCCCAACAACAGACGCCUUGUCGCCCGUCUGGAAAUAUUUCGGAUACCCGAAAAACGCAGACGGGGCCGUGGUGUGUGACGGCUGCCCCCUGUGCAGACUGUGUCAGCUGAGAGUGACCGCGAAAGGAGGAAGCACCAAUAACAUGCUCAUGCACCUGAGAGCCUACCACCUGGAUGUGUACAAGGAAGUCAAGCCAGCCGUUACAAAAAAGUCCAUCUACAGACCCUUUGAACUCCAUCGACCGAGCGGCCAAGAUGACAUCAAGUUAUGGGAUCACUUUGGAUAUCAGAAAAGCGCAGACGGGGAGCUGAAGGACGACGGAGCCCCGAUCUGUAAAAUCUGCCUUCGGAAAAUGAUCAAACCCCCGACGGGCGGGACGCCGACCACCAACAUGCUGAGGCACCUUCGGAAAAAACACCAGUCUGUGUAUAACGAAGUGCAGGAAGCCAUCACCACCCUCAGAACAGAGUGGGGUAUCGAACCACCGGAGCUCCACCCACCAACUCAGAACGUCACGUCUGCGGUCUGGCAGUAUUUCGGCUACCUGAAGGACGCGGACGGCUCGGUCGUGUGCGACGACUUUCCCAUCUGCAAACUGUGUCAACAGAAAGUAGCUUCUAAGCGACGGUGCACUACAAACAUGUUUAAACACCUGAAGGAUUACCACCGAACCGUCUACGACGAGGUCCGGAGCGCGGUUACGAGCGAGACGUUUGAAGAUCUUUCCCUGCCGUCUGACCUCCACCCGCCCAGCGGACCGUACAAUCUCAAACUGUGGGAGUAUUUCGGAUAUCGUAAGUCGACAGACGGCGACCUGCUGGAAGACGGAGCACCGAUCUGUAAACUCUGCUUCCGGAAGCUGAUCUCUAAAGGCGAGACGACGACGAACAUGAUGCAGCACCUUAAAGAGAAUCACAACGCCGUCUACGCCGACGUGCAGAGGGAAGUAAACCCCUUCACCAUCGGAGGCGCCACCGAGCUCCCUGAGCUUCAUCCGCCUGAACACAAAGUGAGGUCCGGCGUCUGGAAACAUUUCGGCUACGUGAGGGACACUGAGGGUCCGGCCGACUGCGCCGGCUUCCCCAUCUGCAAGAUCUGCCGUUCAAAAGUGUCCAAUAAGGGGAAAGUCACGGCCAACAUGACCGCGCAUCUCAAAGAGCAUCACAGGAACGUCUACGACGACCUCAAGAUCCCAGACAGAAGAGCCAAAGUGGUGCAGGCUGAAAAUCUCCCAGAACUUUAUCCACCUUCCAAACAGCCGACGUCGCCGAUCUGGGAACAUUUCGGACUCCCCAAAAACGCCGACGGGGCGAUCGAGGAGGACGGAUGCCCCGUGUGCAGGAUCUGUGGCAAAAAAGUCUCAAGCCAAGAUGGAAGGAAAAUGAUAAGACAUCUGCAUUUCUGCCAUUUCUCCGUGUACGAAGAGUUAAAGAACACCAUCAGAGCUUCCAAGUUGGGGGUGGACGCAGGAGGCCAACCCACCGACCUCCACCCUCCCUCCAAGAGCGUCCGGUCGUCCGUCUGGGAAUAUUUCGGGUACCUGAAGAAUCCGGACGGUACGAUUAACGUGGACGGACGACCGAUCUGCAAGAUGUGCUUCCAUAAAGUGUCCAGUCACGGAGGAAACACCACCAACAUGUUCAAGCACCUGGAGGACAAACAUGGGCUUAGUCAAUAGUGUGUGUGUGUGUGUGUGUGUGUGCGUGUGUGUGUGUGUGUAAGGAGGAAUAGUGAAAGAGACUCGAUCGUGCCGACAUCCUCGUGCCUGGAUUUAAAUCACCGUUACCUCGUAUUCACUCUCUAGUAUAGUUGGAGUCACGUACGGCUCGAGAGGUAGCGUUAAUAACGUCAGGAGACGUGACGUAGUAAAGUCUGUAGUAGUCGAGUGAAGUUUCAGUAGAUCAGCGUGUAGCACAUUGUUCCUGUCACUGUCUCUCUUCAACACAAACUUCCUUCCUGUAGGUUCACCGACUCAUUAUUACUCCAACCAAACGAAUUCUGAUGUGGGACUGAGGCUUAAACCGCGGACGGUGCGGGUGGAGAUGUCCAGCGUCCACCGCCGUCCCUGCUAUAGAGCGACCUACAGUACAUCAUCAUCAUCAUCAUCACACUUCUCAUGAACAGCAUACAGUGUAGCACCUCCUCCAUCACCAUGAGGCUAGAAACUAGCACAGAAUGUAGAUGGAGGACUGAGGAGGUAGAUGAUGUGAGAUCGUGCUGUAACUACUUCCUGUUUACAGAGGAAGUGGGUUGACGGGAGAGGAGCAAACUCUCUGAGGAACAUCUGGAGGUUUGCAUGAAUAAACGCGACGUGAGGUGUAACGUGA